GUCAGAUACAGUUCCUUUUCUCCAAAAAAGUUUUUUCUUCCAUGGCGGUGGUUUGAAAGCAGUAACAAAGUGGAAAGUUGCAAGAGAGAAGUCGAGAACAACGAGGAGAUUAAGACGUAACGGUCGCAUUUUUUUUUUUUUUUUUUUUGCGGGAGAAGCGAUUACAACGGGUUUCCGCAUGAUUUUAUUUAUAAAUCCUCAAUCACGGCAGCUGGCGAGUUACCGUAAACUUUAAAGGCUGCAAGGAUUUAAGGGAUCAAGACAGUGAAGGUAUUCAAAGUCGCAUUAACAAAAGGACACAAUGUCGCUACUUGUAAACUUGUUAUUAUUGACUUUGUGGGCAGCGUGCAGUCAUGGAGCUAUGGAUGAAUGUACAGACGAAUCCAAUCGGCCUCAGCGCUGCAUGCCUGAGUUUGUUAACGCCGCCUUUAAUGUAACCGUGGUGGCCACUAACACUUGUGGUUCACCGCCCGAAGAAUACUGUGUACAGACCGGGGUUACGGGGGUCACAAAAUCAUGCCACAUUUGCGACGCCGGGGACCCCAGACAGCAUCACAGCGCAGCAUAUCUCACCGAUUACAACAACCAAGCGGAUACCACCUGGUGGCAAAGUCAGACCAUGUUAGCUGGCAUCCAGUACCCGCACGCCAUCAAUCUGACCCUUCACCUGGGCAAGGCCUUCGACAUCACCUAUGUUCGACUGAAGUUCCACACCAGCCGCCCUGAGAGUUUUGCCAUCUAUAAACGCACUAGUGAGGAUGGGCCCUGGAUUCCCUACCAGUACUACAGCGGCUCCUGUGAAAAGACCUACAGCAAGAUGAAUCGCGGCUUCAUCCGCACAGGAGAGGACGAACAGCAGGCACUGUGCACGGACGAGUUCAGCGACAUCUCGCCCCUCACCGGAGGGAACGUGGCCUUUUCUACACUCGAGGGCCGACCCAGCGCAUAUAAUUUCGAUAACAGUCCUGUACUACAGGAUUGGGUGACUGCCACAGACAUUAAAGUGACCCUGAACAGAUUAAACACUUUCGGAGAUGAAGUUUUCAAUGAUCCCAAAGUUCUCAAGUCCUACUACUAUGCUAUCUCAGACUUUGCAGUGGGAGGAAGGUGCAAGUGUAACGGCCAUGCCAGUGAAUGCAUGAAGAAUGAAUACAGAAAACUAGUGUGUAACUGCAAACACAACACAGAGGGUGCAGACUGCAGUGUGUGCAAGCCCUUCUACAAUGACCGUCCCUGGAGGAGAGCCACAGCUGACAACCCCAAUGAAUGCCUGCCCUGUAAUUGUAACGGCAAGAGUGCCGAGUGUUACUUCGACCCCGAGCUGUAUCGCGCCACUGGUCACGGAGGUCACUGCCGCAACUGUGCCGACAACACAGAUGGGCCGAACUGUGAGCGAUGCCUGGACAACUACUACAGAGACACUUCUGGCCAGCGGUGUCUCCAUUGCAGCUGCAACCCAGUGGGUUCUCUCAGUACCCAGUGUGACAGCACUGGCCGAUGUAGUUGUAAGUCAGGAGUGAUGGGUGAUAAGUGCGACAGAUGCCAGCCGGGGUACCACACACUGACUGAGGCAGGCUGCAGGCCGUGCUCUUGUAACUCUGCCGGAAGCACACAGGAGUGUGAUGUACAGACAGGACGCUGUCAGUGCAAGGACAAUGUCGAUGGCUUCAGCUGUGACAGGUGUAAACUGGGCUACUUUAAUCUGGACCCUCAGAAUCCUCAGGGAUGUACACCGUGCUUCUGUUUCCAGCAAUCCACUGUGUGUGACAGUGCCGAUGGCUACAGCAUACACACCAUCACCUCCACCUUCGACAAAGACGAUGAAGGCUGGAAGGGGCAGCAGAGAGAAGGCUCCAGCAUGCCUGUGCAGUGGUCUCCCAGCUCUCAAGAGAUCUCGCUCAUCUCAGAAGACUACUUCCCCAUCUACUUUGUGGCUCCAGAGAAAUUUCUAGGUAAUCAGUUGCUGAGCUAUGGGCAGAACCUCACGCUGAACUUCAGGAUUCAGAGACAUGAUGCCCGACUGUCAGCAGAGGAUGUUGUGCUGGAGGGGGCGGGGCUCCGGGUUGCUGUGCCACUUAUUGCCCAAGGAAAUUCCUAUCCAGGAGAAGACAUGCAAACCUUUGUGUUUAGGCUCCAUGACACCCCUGACUACCCUUGGAGACCCAACCUGAAACAUGCCAACUUCCAGAAACUUCUGCACAAUCUGACUUCCAUCAUGAUUCGUGGAACCUACAGUGAGAGAAGUGCUGGUUAUUUGGACAACGUGUCCCUCAUGACCGCCCGUCGUGGUCCUGGAACUCCAGCACGUUGGGUGGAGAAGUGCGUGUGCCCUCAGGGCUACGUGGGGCAGCACUGUGAGAAGUGUGAUCUGGGAUACAGGAGGAGUCAACCUGAGCUGGGCCGAUUUAGCACCUGCGAACCCUGCAACUGCAACGGACACAGUGACACUUGUGACCCUGUGACAGGAAUGUGUAACUGCCAGCACAACACUGCUGGCAUGAGCUGUGAGAGGUGUAAGGACGGCUUCUAUGGUGAUUCAACGGUGGGCUCUCCUACAGACUGCAAAUCCUGUCCCUGCCCUGCAGGUGCCACAUGCGCUGUGGUGCCCAAGACUAAAGAGGUGGUCUGUACUAACUGCCCAACUGGCACCACAGGUAAGCGAUGUGAACUAUGUGAUGAUGGAUUUUUCGGUGACCCGCUGGGUGAGAAAGGUCCCGUUAGAACGUGCCGUGCAUGCAGUUGCAAUAACAACAUUGACCCCAAUGCUGUGGGCAACUGUGACCGAGAGUCAGGCCAGUGCCUCAAGUGCAUUUACAACACCGCUGGCAGCUUCUGCGACCGUUGCAAAGAGGGUUUCUAUGGUGACGCACGUGCUGCAAAUGUAGCCGACAAGUGCAAACCAUGCUCGUGCUCACCAUACGGUACAGUAGACCAGCAGACCACCUGCUCGCAAGUAACAGGCCAGUGUCAGUGCUUUCCCAACGUCAUUAACAGAGACUGCAGUGCAUGCGAGCCCGGCUUCUACAACCUACAAAGCGGCAAGGGCUGUGAACGAUGCAACUGCAACCCUAUUGGCUCCACAAAUGGCCAGUGUGACAUUGUCAGCGGUCAAUGCGAAUGUCAGCCUGGGGUCACAGGUCAACACUGUGAGCGCUGUGAGGUCAACUUCUUCGGCUUCAGUUCCUCGGGGUGCAAACCUUGUGACUGUGACCCAGAAGGCUCCCAGUCCACCCAGUGCAGGGAGGACGGGCGUUGUCAGUGUCGUCCAGGCUUUGUGGGAGCUCGCUGUGAUAUGUGUGAGGAGAAUUACUUCUAUAACCGCUCUACCCCAGGCUGCCAGCAGUGCCCUAACUGCUACAGUCUGGUCAGAGACAAGGUGAACCAGCAGAGACGGAAGCUUCUCGACCUGCAGACUUUGAUUGAUAAUCUGGACAACAGUCAGGAUACAGUGAGUGACAAGGCCUUUGAGGACAGAGUUAAGGAGGCGGAGAAAACAAUAAUGGACUUACUGGAAGAGGCUCAGGCUAGCAAAGAAGUGGAUAAAGGUCUUUUGGAUCGUCUAAACAACAUCAACAAGACCCUGAACACCCAGUGGAACAGACUGCUGAACAUCAGAAACACCGUAGACAACACGAGCACUCAGGCAGAUAGAGCUCGUAACCGAGUCCGUGAUGCUGAGGACCUGAUCAACACUGCCAGAGAGGAGCUGGACAAAGCCAAGGAGGCGAUCAGUAAAGUGGACAUUAAAAUACACACACCUUCUGGAGAUCCAAACAAUAUGACACUUCUGGCAGAGGAAGCCCGUAAACUGGCAGAAAAACAUAAAAUGGAUGCAGAUCAGAUUGAGAAGAUGGCAAAGGACGCAAAUGACACUUCUACCAAAGCUUAUAAUAUGCUGAAGAAGGCGCUGGAUGGCGAGAACAAGACAAGCAGUGACAUUGAGGAACUCAACAGGAAGUACAAUGAGGCAAAAGACUUGGCCAAGAACCUAGAGAAACAAGCUGCCAAGGUGCAUGCUGAAGCGGAGGAGGCUGGGAACAAAGCUAUGAAGAUCUAUGCUAACCUGACCAGCUUGCCCCCACUUGACACCAAAUCAUUAGAGGAUGAGGCUAAUAAGAUUAAGAAGGAGGCAUCAGACCUGGACAAACUGAUAGAUAAGACCGAGAAGGAGUACAAUGACCUGAGGGAGGACCUGAGGGGCAAAGAGACAGAAGUCCGCAAGCUACUAGAGAAAGGAAAGACCGAACAACAGACAGCUGAUCAGUUGUUGGCACGGGCAGAUGCAGCUAAGGCUUUGGCUGAGGAAGCAGCAAAAAAAGGCCGAUCUACUUUCCAAGAAGCCCAGGACAUACUAAACAACCUUAGAGACUUCGACAAGAGAGUCAAUGACAACAAAACUGCUGCCGAGGAGGCCAUGAAGCGAAUCCCAGAAAUCAAUGCGACCAUCAAUGAAGCCAAUGAGAAGACCCGACGGGCUGAAGCGGUGCUAGGAAAUGCAGCAGCAGAUGCUAAAGAGGCCAAGACCAAGGCAGAGGAAGCUGAUAAAAUCGCUAAUGACGUGCAGAAGGGCUCAGCCAAGACAAAAGCAGAUGCAGAAAAAGCCUUUGAGGACACCAUGAAACUGGAUGGAGAAGUGAACAACAUGAUGGACCAGCUGACUGCUGCUGAGAAAGAGCUAGAAAAGAAGAAAGCAGAGGCAGAUGCAGACAUGAUGAUGGCAAGCAUGGCAACAGACAAUGCUAAAGAAGCAGAGGGCAAUGCCCGGAAAGCCAAAAAUGCUGUCAAGACAGUGCUGAACACAAUCAAUGACUUAUUAAGUCAACUUGGCAACAUCGAUAAGGUGGAUCUGAGCAAGCUGAAUCAGAUUGACAACGCUCUAAAAGAGGCCAAGGAGAAGAUGGCAGGAAGUGAGCUGGAUCGGAAGCUUAAGGAGCUGAAUGACAUAGCCAAGAGCCAGGAGGAUAUGAUCACUGACUACGAUCGGCAGAUCAGAGAGAUUCGAGCAGACAUCGCUAAUCUCAACGACAUCAAGAACACUCUGCCAGAGGGCUGCUUCAACACUCCGUCUCUAGAGCGGCCUUAACCUCCAUGCUUCACCGCUGCAUCUGCCUUACACUCCCAUCCCCUUGUCCAUGCCAUGGGCAUCUACCAUGUCCGAGACAUGGGCAAGAAGCCACCCUCAACCAAAACAGGCUUUGUUUUGUUGCAUAUCUUUUUACUCUGUUUUUAUUUUCUUUUAUUAGGUUUGUUCGUUUGUAUUCCUACAAGAAAAGCCACAUUUUCUUUCAAUCCAAGUUUUACAAACUGAAGACAAAAGCAGCUUUUAAUUUUUGAUGUGCAGAAACGUGAAGAACUCCAAGUAAUGGCGCUCAUCACCUCUAUGUGUGUGUGUGUGCGUGUGUGCAUGCGUGCGUGCUACAGCAAGCUGCAAGUGGUGAUAUGUACCUCUUGAGUUGAACGUAAACCCACAUGACUGCACCACCUCAAACCUUUCUGGUCUAUACAGCAGAAUCAAGGGAGGGCCAUCAUGUGCUUGUUUUUAGCCAGGAUUGUAUGAACCAAACAGAAGCCAACCAUAUGCCUAGACAUCAGGAGUUUGUUUGGGGAAGUUUGCUUCUUAAGCUAGUAUAUAUAUCUGUAACACUUUGGCCGCCUAUUACUACUCGUUCAAAGCUAACAGUGAAGGAAUCUUAAUAUGUUCAUAAUGCACAUAUAUUUUUCUCAAUGCCCCAUGGUUGAUCUGGUACUAACCUUGUCAUACACAUACAGUAUUCAACUUCAGCUUAUGUGUAUAUAAAUUGAGUACUAAAAGUUGAGAUAAAGUGGACAAAAUGUCCCUGCAUGAAUUAGUUUAUUUCAUAUGGGCUCAUACAUUUCAAUGCCCCAUCGUGGUUGAUACAUUUCAUGUUGCUAUCUGUUUAAACACUAAAAUGUCAUGUUUAUAUGUGUUUUUAUUUUUUAAAGGCUGCUGCUUACUACAGGUGUACUGCAAAGAAAUCACAUUAACAAGCAAAAUUCAACACUAUGCAAUUUUGUACAUUUGCGUAGCAAGACUGAUACACUGGUGCUAAUAAUAAUUGCAAAUGUUCUAUUUUUGUUGGAUGUUGUUGUUUUUCUUUUUUUAUUUUAAAUUAGAGCUGAGGAACUUUUAUUUGUGUAAAUACGCUUAAAUGAUUCAGGAAUGGCUGAUUUGAAACCAAGACUCAACCAGCCACCUCAUCGAUUCAUUUACGAGGGUGGGGGAGAAAAAAAAUCAGCUAAAACUUCCACAUAAUAUAUACACUGGUGGCCAAAAGUUUGGAAUAAUGUACAGAUUUUGCUCUUAUGGAAAGAAAUUGGUACUUUUAUUCACCAAAGUGGCAUUCAACUGAUCACAAUGUAUAAUCAGGACAUUAAUAACGUGAAAAAUUACUAUUACAAUUUGAAAAAAAUGUUCAGAACUUCUUAAACUACUUCAAAGAGUUCUCAUCAAAAAAUCCUCCACGUGCAGCAAUGACAGCUUUGCAGAUCCUUGGCAUUCUAGCUGUCAGUUUGUCCAGAUACUCAGGUGACAUUUCACCCCAUGCUUCCUGUAGCACUUGCCAUAGAUGUGGCUGUCUUGUCAGGCACUUCUCACACACCUCACAAUCUAGCUGAUUCCACAAAAGCUCAAUGGGGUUAAGAUCCAUAACGCUCUUUUCCAAUUAGCUGUUGUCCAAUGUCUGUGUUUCUUUGCCCACUCUAACCUUUUCUUUUUCUGUUUCAAAAGUGGCUUUUUCUUUGCAAUUCUUCCAACAAGGCCUGCACCCCUGAGUCUCCUCUUUACUGUUGUACAUGAAACUGGUGUUUAGCAGGUAGAAUUCAAUGAAGCUGUCAGCUGAGGACAUGUGAGGCGUCUAUUUCUCAAACUAGAGACCCUGAUGUACUUAUCCUCUUGUUUAGCUGAAUCUGGCCUUCCACAUCUCUUUCUGUCCUUGUUAGAGACAGUUGUCCUUUGUCUUUGAAGACUGUAGUGUACACCUUUGUAUGAAAUCUUCAGUUUUUUGACUAUUUCAAGCAUUAUAUAGCCUUCAUUCCUCAAAACAAUGAUUGACUGAUGAGUUUCUAGAGAAAACUGUUUAUUUUUUGCCAUUUUUGACCUAAUAUUGAUCGUAAGACAUGCCAGUCUAUUGCAUACUGUGGCAACUCAAAAACAAACACAAAGACAAUGUUAAGCUUCAUUUAACGAACCAAAAAGCAUUCAACUGUAUCGAUAUAAUGGCAAGUGAUUUUUCUAGUACCAAAUUAGCAAUUUAGCAUGAUUACUCAAGGAUAAGGUGUUGGAGUGAUGGCUGCUGGAAAUUGGCCUGUCUAGAUUUGAUCAAAAAUAGUGAUGGUGCUGUUUUUCACAUCAGUAAUGUCCUGACUAUACUUUAUGAUCAGUUGAAUACCACUUUUGUGAAUUAAAGUACCAAUUUCCUUCCGAAACAGCAAAAUCUGUACUUUAUUCCAAACUUUUGGCCGCCAGUGUGUGUGUAUGUAUGUGUAUGUGUGUGUGUGUGUGUGUGUGUGUGUGUGUGUGUGUGUGUGUAUAUAUAUAUAUAUAUAUAUAUAUAUAUAUAUAUAUAUAUAUAUAUAUAUAUAUAUAUAUAUAUAUAUAAAAUGUGGAAAUUUUAGCUGAUUUUUUUAUAUAUAUAAAUAUGUUCUGUGGUGUAUAUGCUUUCCUGUAUACAUGGAUUAAUGCUGCAUCAGCUCUAUCAUUUAUUUUAUUUGUGGUUCAUUUUCAGCAGACGUUGAUGAGUAGUGAGAACCCUCUGUCUUGACCCUUAACUUGCACACCUCAAAACAUAUUUGAACAUACACCAUAUGUCUCUAAUAUUUCAUAUUUAUCGAAAUGAUUUUCUUUACUUGAGACAGUAAUCAAACGUUAGUUAACCAUCAUUGUAGUGUCUUGUGCUGAAUUUAUGGAAAUAAUCCAUUUCACCUUCUUCUAAAUGUGUUCUGCUUAUGGACAUCACAUCUUAAAAGAAAACGGAUGUCUUUUGAUUUAAAAAGCAAAGUUAUCUAUUUACUUUUGAUUGUUUGUUUCUUACUAUUAUGCUAUCAGUAGUUCUUUACAGGAAUAGUACACCCAAAAGUGAAAAUGCUCCCAUCAUAAACGCCAUCCCAGAUGUGUAUGACUUUCUUUCUUUCUUCUGAACACUAAAGAAGAUUUUUAGAAUAAUAUCUCAGCUCUGUUGGUCCAUGAAUGCAGGGAGGAGAAUUUAUAGUAAAAAAUGGCUUAAAUAUUGAUCUGUUUCUCACCCACACCUAUCAUAUCGCUUCUGAAGACAUGGAUUAAACCACUGGUACUUUUGUGCUACAUUUAUAUGCUUUUUGGAGCUUCAAGGUUCUAGUCACCAUUCACUUGCGUUGUAUAGACCUACAGAGCUGAGAUAUUCUUCUAAAAAUCUUUGUGUCCAGCAGAAGAAAAUAAAAGUCACACAUCUGGGAAGGCCUGAGGGAGUAAAUGAUGAGAGAAUUGUCAUUUUUGGGUGAACUGUGCCUUUAAUUUACGGUCUUAUUGGGAAAAUUUUGUUAGCGGUUCCUCAGCCAACACUUGAAAUGUCACAUUGAGAGAUUAAACUAUGGAAUGUGCCACUUAAACAGUAGACAAAUAGACCUUUGCCCUCUCUACCACUGUGGACAUAAGUGCAAAACGUACACGUUUAUGAAUAAAAACAGUAUUUUUAAUUUAUAAUGUAUCAAGUAUUUGUGAUCUGUUGUUCUUUAGUAAGAGUAUGUGUUUGAUGCAAAGUCUUUGUGUUCCUUUGGUUCUAGAGAGUGUAACAGAUUUUAAAGACUCCCCCUCCCUCCCUGUUUUUUUUUUUUUUCCUUCAAGGCAUUUUACAAACACACCCCAAAGGACCCGACACACCUCUGCUUGUUACAUAUUUGCCUGUAAAUCCAGUCGUAACAUUUGAAAAUAAACAGUGGUUAUUACAGGA